UUUUGCGGAACUGCGUUUUGCUGCAAAUGAGCAAGCUUCAACAUGAGCAACUUUAUGCAAACAUAAAAAUCUUGACAAUUAUCUAAAAUUCAAGAAGAAAAUGAAGUUGCUCUCACUGGUCAGUUUCAUCUGCAUAUGUUUUAACUGCUCAGCAUUUGGUAUAAUAGACAAUGUUCCUCAUUCUAAAUUGAGCGUUUCCAGAAGAUCCAACGACCAGCAGGUGAUUAUAGAAACUGGAAAACACAACAAAACAAAAAUUAAAACAAAAAAUAAAGCCAGAACGAAAGCAUCGCUUGAAGAAGAAGUUGAAAAACAUAGCAAUUGCUACAAAACGUUCUAUUGGUGUAGAGGACAAGCAAGAGAUGUAAAAGCAAAGUUGAAAUGUUUCAGACCAUUUAGAGUAUGCGUGGAAUAUAAUUGUAAAGAAGCCACAUCGUGUAAUGCCAAUGAAUUGACAUGUGAUGAAUAUUCUACGAACAACAAAGAAAUUUUGAAAUGUUAUAGCGACAUCUGGUUGCAUUGCAUACGUCAAAGAUGUCCAAUGAAUAUGUAACAGAACAGAAUGCAUUAUUACUGUAAUAUAGUAUACGUGGCUACAAGGUGCUUAUGCAGCACAUAGAGAAAUAAAACAUUCCCCAACUAGUUUAGAAA